GGAUUGGUUAUCUUCCUUCUCUCUGUGUCAGUGAUUCAGGUUCAGGCUGGCUGGAGAGUGACUUACUCCUCUACUAAAGUCUGUGCCUUAAGAGGAUCAACAGUCGUACUAAGGUGCACCUACAGCUACCCAUCGCGAUUCAAUUAUCAGUCUACUACAGUUCAGAAGUCCUUCUGGUUUACUGAAGUCCAGGAUGGAGAACCUGUAGAUCUGCAAACAGACUCACAGUACACAGGUCGUGUGACCUACAGCUCUAAAUCGAAGGACUGCACUCUGACAAUCACAAAUGUGGGAAAUAGUGACUCAGCUGUUUACAAGUUCAGGUUCAUAACAACCCAUCAAGAUGGAAGUUAUACUGGUGAUCCCGGAGUCACUUUGUCCCUCACAGAUCUUCAUGUGAAGAGUCCCUCUGCUGAGAUAGUGGAGAACAGUACUGUGACUCUGACCUGUAGCAGUGAUGCUAACCCAGCAGCUAAUUAUACCUGGUACAAGAAGAAUGGGAACCCAGACUUUCAACCUCUCAGUAAAGGACCAGAGCUCGUCUUCAGCUCCGUCCAGUCGUCUGACUCUGGAGAGUUUUACUGUGCGGCUGAGAACGAUCUGGGGAGGAGAACAUCUGAACACUUUAUCUCUGAUGUGAAAUAUGCUCCAAAGUUUCCCUCUGUGUCAGUGAGUCCCUCUGCUGAGAUAGUGGAGGGCAGUUCAGUGACUCUGACCUGUAGCAGUGAUGCU